GUUCCAUUUGCGGUGCAGUUGCGGCGGUUGUGAUUUCAUGCCCCGGCCGUGUCACUGUGAGAGGAGGAUCUUUCAUGGUGCUCUCGACCAAAUGAUUGAAAUAAGAAACUGUGGCAGAGUCCCAGCAUGGACCUACUGAAGCAGCGACUUCAAGCCAUCGCCGCCAAAGGACGGUUGACAGAAGAAGAAAAGCAAAAGGCGAAGAAAGAGGAGGAUGCCGAGGUUGAACGUCUCUACACAGAAUGGAGAGGAAGCAAACAAGAAACUACGGAUCCAUCUCUGAAAGUCAUCCCUCGUUUCUACUUGAAACCACCAGGCGAUGAGGACAUUCUGCUGCAAAAAUUACGAGAGGAGGCACGUGCCGUCUUUCUGCAACGUCGCAGCGAACAACUGCUGGAUAAUGACGAGCUGAAGGCGCUCUACGUCACACUGGACGAGCACCGAACUCCUCCGCUGGACACCACCGAGGGUAUGCUCGGCUGGGAUGAUUUCUGUACCGCCUCUGAGAGAGCCACGCCCAAGUGCAAGCGUUAUUUCACGCCAUUCGUGUUCGCCAAACUGCAACAGGAUGAUCCAUACGGCCGUAUCAGCAUGAUGUCGUUCUUUAACUACGUCAUGCGCAAAAUUUGGCUUCAUCAGACUCGUAUCGGCCUAUCACUCUAUGACGUGACUGGAGAAGGGUUUCUGCGAGAGAUGGAUCUGGAAAACUACAUCCUAGAGAUGAUCCCAUCGCUCCCCCAACUUAACGGUCUCGAGAAAUCUUUCCAUAACUUCUACGUCUGCACGGCAGUCCGCAAGUUCUUCUUCUUCCUCGACCCGCUGCGUACUGGGAAGAUCAAGAUCCAGGACGUCUUGGCCUGUAGCUUCUUGGAUGAGCUCCUCGAGCUUCGCGACGAAGAACUCAGCAAGGAGGCACAGGAGUCGAACUGGUUCUCCGCCCCUUCUGCGCUGCGGGUCUACGGGCAGUACCUCAACCUCGAUCGCGACCACAAUGGCAUGCUGAGCAAAAGCGAGCUGGCCCGCUACGGCACGGGUACCCUGACUACUGUCUUCAUCGACCAGGUCUUCCAAGUGUGCCUCACGUAUGAUGGCGAGAUGGACUACAAGACAUACCUCGACUUCGUGCUGGCUCUGGAGAACCGUCGCGAACCACAGGCUCUCCAGUAUCUUUUCCGAAUCCUCGACGUACAACAGACUGGUUGCCUGAACGUCUUCGCUCUCAACUACUUCUUCCGUGCCAUCCAGGAGCAGCUGAAGGCGCACGGCCAGGAGCCAAUUCUCUUCGAGGACAUCAAAGACGAGGUGUUUGACAUGGUGAAGCCGGCCGAUCCUCUGCGUAUCACACUACAGGAUUUGGUGAACUGUGGCCAAGGCGAUACGGUGGUGAGCAUUCUUAUCGAUCUGAAUGGUUUCUGGACUCACGAAAACCGGGAAGUGCUGGUGGCUGAGGGUGAUGAUGCGCCGGCAGCUGCGCUGGUGGCGGAGAGCUGAUGGAUAGUUUGGUGCAAUGAGAGGAUCGCUCGAAUAGUGAAGCACAGGUCUGUGUUUGGACUUGCGAGAGUUCCUGUCAUGUGAUGACUCUUGUUGCUGGUUGUUCAAUGCUUACAUCUUAUUUCACUUUGUCGCUAGGCUUGUAGUUUUCAUUAUCAUCACUCAUUAUCAUUUUGUCAUGGCUCCAUAUUCAGUCAAGUCUUAGUACUGACUUGGUUGGAGCAGGGCUGUGAAUUGUCAUUUCUCAUUUGGUCAGGACAACUGUCAAGUAAUUGCCAGCAGUUUACAUCCACGCUGUGUUUAAUUCACAAAUGUUACGUGCAAGUCAUGUCAGCGUAUCUGCUUACCCUACUGUUCUGCCGUUUAGGAAUCUCAUCCAGCACAAUUUUUAUGUUACAUAGAUAUCAAACAUAUCGCCUAAGCUGGCUACAUUUGUCCAUGAGGUAGCUUAUCUCUGCUGUGGAAAAUGGCUUGUUAAAGUAAACAUGCUACGAGAAAAUAAAUCGUGACGAUUGCUUUA